AGGCGAACCGGCCCGUGUUCUCAGGUGCAGAGAGCGAGUCCGGGAGAGGGAAAUGGCUGACGCCGCUGCUAGCGGCACUGAGGCGAAACCCCUCACCAGUCGAAGCCUGAAGGCUUCCAGCCAGGAUUGGCUGCGCCCUCCGUGCCUCCCCCGAGCGCCGCUCCGCUGCCGCUGCCCCCUCGGCCGGACGGUGGGCCCUGGUGGUCCCUCCUCCCCGCGCCCCCUGGCCGUGCCCGGGGCGCCCCCGUCCGUGCUCGGGCUCCCCACUCUGUGCCCGGUCCCCCGGCCUGUGCUCGGGGCGCUCCCCCGCGCGCGCCCGUGCCUGGGCAUCCCCUUCUGUGCCCGAUGCGCCCCCGUCCGUGCGCCGUGCGCCCCCGCGGGCCUUUCAGAGGUGAGGGCGCGGCCCUGCCGACCCGCGGCUCCCACCACAGCGCUGGGCGCACAACACCCCGCGUGGGUCAAAAGAACGAGCAGGUCACUUCUACUACAUCCUGAACCCACCAAGACGCUAAGGGGCUGGAAGCGGAGCUGCUCUUGUGUGAUACCCUUUAGCUGCUGUCCCGCCAGUGUCGGAGCGCACUUGGCCUCUGGUCUCAGCACAGCCAGGCCCUCCAGCCACGAUCUGAGGGCUCCAGUCUCCUCCAAGACCUGCGGGCUGGAGCCUGUGGUCCCCCACAUGGAGAGCUGCCAGCCAGGGAACCAAACCAUCUCUUCUUUUGCUCGGCUCCCUCUACCACGUGGACCCCUACUGUGUGCCAGGUGCUGUGUCACACGCAGAGGACAAACAGCCGGAUCCGGAAUGUGGGAUCUUCUACAGGACAAAUGAUUCCGUUUCAUAGUAAAUGAAGGUUUGGGGGACUGCUAGAGAAUUAAAGCACUUAAAAGACACAACUGAAUUGAAUACGUGGUCCUUUCUUGGAUUGUGAUAGAAAAAACCAACUGUAAGAAGAUGUUUAUGUUGGAAACCAUCCAAACGUCCAUCAGUGGAUGAAUGGAUAAACAAAAUCCAUCUGUACAAGAGAAUGUUAUUCAGCCCUAAAAAGGAAUGAUGUUCUGAUACAUGCUAUUGCAGAGAUGGAACUUGAUCAUUAAACUAACUGAAAUGAGCCAGACACAAAAGAGCAAAUAUUGUAUGAUUCCGCCAACAUGAGAUAUUCAUAGAGACAGAAUUCAUAGAGACAGAAAGUAGAAUAGAGGUUAUUGGAGGCUAGAGGGAGGGGAGAACAGGGAGUUAUUGCUUGAUGGGUACAGAGUUUCCAUUUGGGCUAAUGAAAAAUUUUGAAAAUAGGUAGUGAUUAUGGUUGUACAAUCAAAAAAAUGGUUAAAAUGGGAAAUUUUAUGUUAUAAAUAUUUUACCCCAAUUUUUAAACAGUAGUGAGAUGGUUGGGGAAAUAUAUAAUUAUAAACUGGGUAUUAGAUGAUAAUAAGGAAUCAUUGAUACUUUUGUUAGGAGUGAUAUAUGGUCUAGUCAUUAUGUGAAAACAUCCUAGUUGUUUAGAGAUGCAAAGUACAGUGAAUUGCCACAGUUCCUGGAAUUUGCUUUAUAAAUAUCCAGUAAAAAAAAAAAAAGUGGAAGGAAGAGAAACA